AAAUCAGUGGUCUUUGCAGCGACGCUUAGGUGGACAUCUGCAGGGAAUUUCUGACAGUCGGGUGGAUUACUCAAUCAUAAAAGCCCUUGGAUGAAAUUAACUGGAAAUAAGUGACAACACCUGGGACGCUAUGGGUGUCUAAAAAGUGAUGAGAAAUUCACCGCAACACCAGGGAUAAAUUGCCCAAAGUGUACUAAAUUCUCCACGUUCAUCACAGGGUGAUAUUUUUGGAUUUUUGCCGGCUGAAAAUGAGUAAUUUAGCCUUAACUAGUAAUAUUUUUUCAAAAUAUCAUAAAACUUCAGAAUGUGACUGCUCGCAAUCCAAUAUUCUUUGAUAUGUGAAUUGAAGCUUGAAGGAUGGUGUUUAAAACAGGCACAUUAAUGAACUAACUAUUGGAAAAACAUUCAAAAAUACAUAUGUAUUUUCUGGUUUGCGUGUAUAGAUAACAUUUUCCAAGGGAUGGUGGACGAGUCUAAAUACAAGGAUGGAGGAUGGGCAUGGGUGGUUGUUUUUGGUGCAUUCAUAUCUCAUUUCAUGACAUGUGGAUUUGAAAAGGGAUAUUCUGUCCUUUAUGUGGAAAUUAUUCGUGUAUAUAAUACAAGUGCUGCUCUCUCUGCUGCUCUCGGAGGUUUCGCAUCUGCAGUUCGACUUUUAUUAGCCCCUCUAUCCGUUUCGCUAAGUAAUAUAUACUCUGAACAAAAAGUGGCUAUGGCAGGAGGCUUAUUGACAUUUAUCGGUCUUCUAACAGCAGCGCUGAGUCCUCACUUUACCAUUUUUUUCAUUGCAUAUGGAGCUGUAUUCGGUUUCGGAUUAACUCUUUCUUAUACUCCCUCCUUGGUUGUAUGUACGCAUUACUUCCACAAACGUCGUGCGACGGCUCUCAGUCUUUCUCUAGCUGGAUGUGGUGUCGCAACUAUAAUUUUACCGUAUUUAUUUUACUUCUUAAUCAGUUAUUAUGGACUACGUGGUGCUAUGAUUAUUCUUUCUGCGUUCAGUCUCCAUUACUGUGUUGCUGGUGCCUUAUACUACCAAAGAGAACCGAAGAAAGAUAAUGUACAGGAUUCAGAGCCAUCAAAAGUCAAAUUAAGCAUAUCCUCAAGAGUUGUGAAGUAUAUCAGUCGUCUGCUAAAAAUUAAGGUUGCAUCAGGAAUAUGGGUGAAGAUAUUUUUACUUUCAUUCAUUUUGAAUAUGAUGGGUUCAUCGCCGGUAACAACACUUCUCAUAGAUCAUGCAGAACAGCUUGGGUAUAUCGGUGGCAGUUCAGUUCAGUUGCUUAUGAUUGAAGGCACUGUACAAUUAGUUGUGAGAAUAGCAUUGGGAUUUUUCUUUGACAAUCAAUAUAUUAAACCCUAUCGUGGUCUUAUCUGGACUGGUGGUGUAGCCUUUUCAUCAUUAAUCAUCAUUUUUAUUGCAUUUGCUACUGACUUGAAAUUACUAUCAAGUCUUAUGUUCUUCAGAGGGGCAUCAUUAGCCCUGUAUAUUUCACAACAAGCUGUAGUUGUUUCGGAUUUAUGUGAAGGACAACCAGAGACAACAAGUCAAACAAUUGCUAUAGCACAAAUAUGCAAAGGGAUAGGAACUUUACUUGGAUCAUAUUUUUCUGGUUUAAUUAAAGAUUAUACUCAAGAAUAUCGUCCGGCUUUUCUAUUCCUUGGUGGAAUGCAAUUUCUGGGUUUUUUAACAGUUCUCUGUGCAAUAAUAUGGGCUAGAAUAAAUGCUCGUAAAAGAAUAGAAUUAGAAGUUUCUGAAAAUUUAAUACAUAGCAGUAGUUUGGGCAAUAUAUCUGAUAUAUCAUCGCAUGUCUUGAAUACAAAUGCCAUAAUCCCAUCGUCAGCGUCUUCGUCAAAUGAAUUAUCCACCAGUAGAAAUGAUGAAAUUGUACCAGUUGUUGUGACCAAAACUGACAAUGAUAUACCUACACCACAGAGUUCAAGAAUAUAAUUGUUUAUAAAAGAGUCAGUUAUGUUAACAAAUUCUCAGUAUGGGAGGGUUUCGCAUCCUUUGAACGUCGUCAACUUACUACUCAAACAAAACUGAUGUGACCAUUUUAUAGCUGAAGGAACCAAAAAAAUCAUAUUCUAAUUUUGUUAUUAUUAUUCUUAUCAUUAUUAUUGUUAUUAUUGUAAUAACAUGCUAUCAAAUCAAAUCUUGAUUACAACAGAUUACUUCAAAUUUUGCUUAAAUCAAUUUAAGAUAGAUACCAAAGGUUUAUUUUUUAACUUGCUGCUCUGUCCCCCUUUAUCUAAUCACACACACACACACACAUACACACCAUUUCUCCCUCCAUCAUCAUCAUCAUCCUACCAGAUGCUGAUUCUAGUAAUAUAUGUCUUUUGCUUAUCGAAUCAAAUCUCAUCCCCACCUUCUUCUUUAUUCUGUUGCUAUCGUUGUAGAGAUGCUAAGUAGUCACUGUGUGUUUGUGUGUGUGUGUGAGUGAGAGUUCUCUCUUCCGCCGCCCACCCCCACCCUACUUUUUAUUGUAUCAUCUUGUAUUUCGUCUUUCCCUCCUCUUCCUCCUCAUCCUCGUCUCUGCAUCCAUCCAUCUGUCUAUCUCUGUCUGUGUAUUGGUAGACUAUGAAUCCUCAAAUGACGGAGGAUAUUUCCCAGUGUAGAGAAUUUGUCUUCCACAUCUCUUCUUCUGUUUCGAUUUAGCUAUGAGUAUUUUUCAUAUCUUUUCUCUUUUUUUGUGAAACAUUAUUAUGAUCUCAUUUUUCGUUUCAGUUAUAUCAUCAACUGUUUACAGACAGAGAUCAAUCUGUGUGUGUGUCUGUGUAAUGCUGAUCCGUUCAUCUUAUUCAUACUACACACGUAUGCACGCACACACACAGUCAAUUACGCACAAACGAACAAAAUCUAUACUACACACAGUAUGCAUGUAAAUAAGCACUUUCGUUUUUCAUCUUAUCAAUUCUCUUUUGUUUGUUUGCUUAUGUUAUUUUUUAGACUUAAAUUAGCCUGUUAGGCACCCUCCAUUCCCUUGAAUCAGUUUACAUGUAUAGUCACAAGUGUAUAUAUAUUUAAAUGCAUUCAUUACGUAUAUAUUGAAUUCAAUGAAAAAAGAAUAAAUAAUUAGAAAAUAAAAACUUCUUAU